UUAAGGAGAAGUUUAGAACGAAGCAGAAAAGUGGAUUUUGUCUGGAAAAUUCCUCAUCUCUCUGAUCUUCAUCAAACUGUUCACAAUGGGCAAUUGGCUCCGAUUUCUAGCCGCUUUGCUCCUGUGUCUACAUGGCACAACCGGAGCUGUUACCCUGACUCAGCCUUCGUCCAUCUCAUCCUCCCCGGGAAACACCGUCAAGAUCACCUGUACCAUGUCCGGAGGCAGCAUCGGCAGCUAUUACACGAGUUGGUACCAGCAGAAGCCUGACGGCGCCCCUCUGUUUGUUUGGUAUGAGGGCUCCACCAGAGGUCCGGGUAUUCCUGAUCGAUUCACUGGUUCUGUGGACUCAUCGAGCAACGCCAUGCAUUUAACCAUCAGCGGUGUGCAACCGGAGGACGCCGCCGAUUAUUACUGUUUUGCCGGUGUCAGUGGGGUGUACCAGUUCGGUAAAGGGACGAAGCUGAGUUUGAAAAACUCACAGGGCCCUUCGGUGACUGUCCUUCCGCCUUCACCAGAUCAAAUCACAGCAAAGAGCAAGGCGACCCUGGUGUGUCUGGUGAAUGAUUUUAUCCCGGGAGCUGUGGAGGUCGAGUGGACUGUGGAUGGCGGUACCAGAAGUGAAGGUGUUGAAACGAGUGCGAUCAAACAGCAGGCGGACAACACGUACAGUGUGAGCAGUUAUCUGACUCUGCCAACCUCCGAGUGGGAGUCACACGACCUGUAUUCCUGUGUGGUCAAACACGAGAGUCUGACGAUUCCGCUCGAAAAAAGCAUCGCCAGAUCCAGUUGUACCUAAAUCAGGAAUGUGGAGCACUAAUCGAAUAUCUACCUUUAAUAAUAAUACUUGUGAUUGUAGUAUUUUGGAAUUUAAGUUAAUUUUACGAGACAUGUCGAAAUUGAGAAACAAAUUCGCUUUGUAAACACUUUUGGUAAAUUUCCCAACCAAAGACUUAAAUGUUUCAAGUAUUGCAAUAAAUCCGGCAAGAUCAAUAUUUGUCAGUUUGCUGGACUUGAAUGGUUGUAUCCUACGAUGUGUUCACGCUGCAAUGAUCAAACCCAUUGUGUAAAAUUACAGAAAUAAGAUAUAUCACAGAUUAAUAAAAUGACUCUUGCAUUGU